AUGUCUUUAAAACGGCUCUUCACCACAUCUCGGUCACUAACCCACGAAAACCCAUUAGGCCUUCCCCGGUCAGGAUCUCCACCGCAAAUCCCACGAAUUCUGCGAGGUCUCCCAACAAAGAGGCCCAUAAAGGAUGUUUCCAAGGUCGUAGCCGUUUCCUCCGCCAAAGGCGGUGUCGGAAAAUCUACCAUUGCAGUCAAUCUGGCGUUGGCCUUGGCGAGGCAAGGCAAACGCACAGGAAUACUAGACGCGGACAUAUUCGGCCCUUCCAUACCUAAAUUAUUGAACCUAUCGGGCGAACCUAGGCUUUCCUCGCAUAACCAAUUGAUUCCGCUGAGUAAUUAUGGCGUUAAAUCCAUGUCCAUGGGCUAUCUGGCCGGUGAGGAGGCUCCAGUGAUCUGGAGGGGCUUGAUGGUCAUGAAGGCAAUGAAUCAGAUGCUCAAUGAGGUCGAGUGGGGUGGGCUCGAUGUUUUGGUUCUUGAUCUCCCACCAGGAACCGGUGACGUUCAACUUAGUAUCGCUCAGCAGGUCGUAGUAGAUGGAGCUUUGAUUGUUUCCACGCCUCAGGAUAUAGCUCUCGUCGACGCAGUCAAGGGAAUCAACAUGCUCAAGAAGGUUGACGUUCCGCUAUUAGGAAUGGUGCAGAACAUGAGCGUAUUCACAUGCCCCAACUGCCAGCACGUUACUCACGUUUUCGGAGCGGAUGGUGUCGAGAGAGAGUGCAAGAAACAUGGCAUAGAACUGCUUGGGGAUAUUCCUUUGCACGCCUCUAUCUGCCAGGAUGCUGACCGGGGGAAGCCCACAGUAGUAUCUGAUCCUACCGGAGCACACGCUCUCGCCUUUGAAGGGAUUUCUGAAAGGGUCAGCAGAAAGCUUUUCGGUUAG